GACGGCUAUAGGGAUAGGGAUGACGACGACCACGAAGACAACGACGAAGAGGUCAAUGACGACGAUAAUGAUGGACAGGGAGAGGAUGAGGAACCGCUGAACUCCGAGGACGAUGUCAGCGACGAAGACCCUACGGAACUGUUCGAGACGGACAAUGUGGUGGUCUGUCAGUACGAUAAGAUCACCAGAAGUCGAAACAAAUGGAAGUUCCACCUGAAGGACGGCAUAAUGAAUCUUCAGGGCAAGGACUACGUGUUCCAGAAGGCGGUGGGCGACGCCGAGUGGUAGGCGCUCUCAUCGCGUGCUGGUCUCGUGUGUCCCGCAGCGGAUGUCCUGUCUGUCCAGAGAUGUGUUGAUGUCUUCGCAUUAUAUUUUCGUUAUAAUCAAUAAUCUAAUGAAUUGUUUGUUUUUCUCGUAUCAUAUGAUAAUGGCUUUGAUAUGAAGCGCCAAAUCCUAUAUUAAUAGUGAAGAUCUCGAAAUGAAUUGUCGAUAAAUCGAUGCAAACCUUAUUGUGCGGCAAAUGAUUGCAGUUUACAGUCAAAUGCCUAUUAAAAUAUUAAUGAUAAUUAACCCGACAUUUGAAUACAAAUGGAUUUUUUUUUCUCGAAACAUACAAAAAAAUAAUUUAUAAAAAACAAGACAUAAAACUAUAUGUAAUUUAAUACAAAACCGAUGUUUAGUUUGCGAAUUGAAAUUGAAGUUUAAUUUAAUUUUAUUGCCAUUUGUGUUGAGUUACCAUUCAUUUUACGGACAGUACUCCUAAUCUCAAGAAUAUUCUUAUAAAUCGCUGUUUUGUUUAUCUUAAGUAUAAUAAUCGGUAUAAUAAUCAUUCGAUGGCGCCGUUCGCUCACGAGUUGGUUGCCAUUAGUUUUGCCGAUCAAUCAUUUGUCGCAUAAAUUGUUUGAACGAAAUGUAGUUUUAAUUGUAAUUAAUUUUGUGUUUCACUAAUCGGUGCCCGAAAUGAGACAAAACUGAUGGUAAGACUGUGUGAUUGGUAGGCAUCGAAUGAUUGGCACGAAUUGUAAUGUAUUUGUACUUAAAGUUUAAUACAAUUAAGGAAUUAUUGAAUUGUUUUUUGUAUGGAAAACGCGAUUUUGAUUGUGAAUUGACUUGAUUUCAGUUUUGCAAAGAUUUAUUUUUGAGCC